AUGGGCGGUGGCGGCGGCGGCGGUGGCGGCGGCGGCGGUGGCGGCGGUAACGGUGGUGGCGGGGGUCGCGGCGGCGGCGGAAACGGCGGGACCACGCCGACGCUCUCGGGGCCUGGAAGAGCUGCCGCCGCCGCUACAUCUGGGGCCGCGCGGCCUAUCGGCUUGUUUCAGGACCGGGGAGGCGGCGGCGGCGGCGGCGGGAAGCGGUCGUGGUCGCCGCCGUCGCCGCCGCCGCCGCCGCGCGGUACGGACGGCAACAGCAGCAGCGGCGGCGCGCGCGGCGGGGCUGCUUCGACUCCUACCGCGGCUGCUGCUGCUCCCGCAGCUUCUGCCGGGAAACCGAAGGCGGCCAACAUUAUCAGAUUCAGAAUCCCCCCGCCCGCGCCCCAUGCUGGACAGCAGGCGCGGGCGGCGGCGGCGGCGGGACGCCCGUCGGAGGCGCGCCGUUUGUCGAACGGAGAGGAGAACGGCCCGGGGCCUGCUCGAAGCGGCAGUUCCGGCAGCGGCGGCGGCGGCGGCGGCGGCGGCAGCCAACAAGCCUCCGGCCGCAGCGAGAGAACGAGCUCUGCCGCCUCCGCUGCCUCCGCCAACACCGCUCCGCAAAGCGGUGGCGAUAGCGACGAAGCUGGCGCCGGCAGCCGUGCGGCCGAGGAUCAUCGAAGAGACGACGAGGCUUUCGGGGAGGCGGCGUCCGUACUGCCCGGCAGGGUGGGGAGGAAGAAGAAUCUCGUGCCGACGCGGGCAGGCGGACGUACCCGGACACCGAGCGCUAAGUACCAAGAGUUCAAAGAAGUUCAGCUGGUUAAGACGACCAACAAGCACAAGGGAGGGGGGGUAGCCGGCGGCGGCGGCAGCGACAACAUGGACGUCGUCGACUACUACGAGGAGUACGGCAGCGAGGAUUCCCUCCGCCCCCCCGCCCCCCAGCAGCACGACAGCUCGCGGCAGCCCAGGACCGGCAACGGGACGUUCGCCGCCUCCUCCUCCUCCUCCGCCCCCGGCACAGGCCCCUCGCCGAGAGGGGGCUCGCUCAAGGGCAGCGGCGGCGGCGGCGGCUUUUGCGGUGCCGCCGGCGGCGGCGGCGCUACUGCCGAACGAGCUGUUACGGUGGUGGCGAAGAUGCCGGUACCCUGGGGAGGGCGAGGAGGAGGAGGGCGGGGAGGAGAAGGAGGAGGAGGAGGAGGAGGAGGAGGGAGGGGAGGAGGAGGGGGAAGAGGAGGAAGAGGAGGAGGAGGAGGAGGGCGAGGUAUCCCAAGCCUGCCCCAGCAGCAGCAGCGAGAGCAGGAGCGGCCCCGGUCCGUCGUGGGGCCGACCACCGCCGGGCGCGGGGGGGGGGCACCGGGCGGCGGCGGCGCCAGCGGCAGCAGCAGACCCCCCGGCAGCAAGCCGCUCGGCAGGCCCCCCGGCAGCGGCAAGAGGCCCCCCGGGAGGCCUCCGGGGAGCACCAACAAGCCCAGACCUCCUGGGAGCAAGCCCCUCGGGCGGCCACCGGGGAGCGGGAAGCUGCAGGGCAGCCGGCCGCCGGGGAGGCCGCCUGGCGGCGGCAAGGCGGCGACGGCCGGGAGGCCGCCCGGGAGGCCGCCCGGGAGGCCGCCCGGGAGCAAGCCUUUGGGCAGGCCCCCCGGCAGGAAGAACAGCAGCGCGACGACUUCCAGCAGCAGCGCUGUUGUCGCCAGCAGUGGCGUUGGUGGUGGUGACAGGUUGGCCGGCAGCGGUAGCGGUAGCACCGCGGGCAUGGGCGAGGUGGCGGCGGCGGCGCAAGCGGCGAGGAGGGACAGGAGGAUCGACACGAUCGUGCUGGCCAAGUGCCGCCGAAAAAGCCAGACGAUGUGGCCGGCGAGACUGUGUUCGAAACGCGAGAUGCUGGAGCGCAUGGAAAACCCCGACCCUGCUGACGAAGGGGUGGACCCGCGGCACAUGUGCCUGGUUGUGUUUCUGUGCGAGGGGGGGCACCACGUUACCGACUGGGUGGCCCCCGGGAGCAUGCGCCCUUACCUGCGGCACGCCGCGGCCUACCCCUACAAGAAGAAGGCGUACGCGGGGACUGCUCGCCUGCAGCCCGACUUCACCGCGGCGGAGGCCUGGGGCGAGGAGAUGAAAGCCCUCGUGACCGCACGAAGGGCAGAGGCUAGGACCCUUCGUCGCCAGCGCGCGAAAGAGGAACAGAAGGGAGGGGCGACGACGACCAAGCCGGCACUUGCGAUCGAGGCGUCGCUGCCCGCAGCCGCCGCCGCCGCCGCCGCCGCCGCCAAAGACGGCUCGGUGGGUAAGGUAGAGAGCGGCACUGGGGCUCCUGCGGCCGGCGGGAAGAGGGGCGAGCCGGCGGCGACGGUGGUAGCGGUGUCAGGGGUCAAGCCCGAAGCGCUUCUCCCUGAGAAAGAUCAGACGGCGGCGGCGGCGGCGACGGCGGCGACGGCGGCGGGGCCUAAGGGAGCAGGGGGAGCAUCGGGAACUUCGCCGAUGGAUGUGGACGGCGGCGGAGCGGUCGACAAGGCUGCGGCCCUAUCCGUCGGUGCCGGUGAUGCCGGUGGUGCCGUUGGUGCCGACACUGCACCGUCCGCAAGGCCGUCGGCGUCGUCGUCGGCAACAUCCCCGUCGUUACCGAAGACACCGGCGGCAGCGGCGGCAAAGUCGGAGAGUUCUGUUUCCGAGCGAUCGGAGUCGGAAGGUUGUUCGGAAGAAGAAUCAGAAGGAGGAGGAGGAGGAAAGGGCUCUGCCGUGCUGUCGAAGGCGGCGGUAGCGGCGACGGCGGCGGCGGGUCCGACAGACAAGGAACGGGCGCCGGAGGGAGUUGAUGCCUUCCCUUCUGGGAAGCACGAGGCCGUAGCCUCGCCCGCCGUCGCCAGCAGCCGCGGCAGCAGCGGAGGCGGUAGCAACGGCCAGGGUGAUGGUGGCGGGGCUGCAGGCACGGACGACAGACGAAGGGAGGCGACAGCCGGGACGAACAAGCGGGAGAGGGAGGCGGAAACGGCGGGGGGCGGGGCCACCGUAGAAUCGGACGAGGAAGGAGACGGGGGAGGGAAGGUUGAGGAGGGGCACCGCGCGAAGAGGCUUGCCGUAGAGGGCAAGACGAAGUCUCUCGGUGCUGCAACGCCCGCUAUCGCUGCCGCGGAGAAGGCCGCGUCGGCAGCGGUGCGGCCGAAGGCGGCGGCGACGACAACACCAACAACGUCCCCCGCGUCUUCUGCGGGGCGGGGCUCAGUGCCGCCCAAGUCAGACCCAGCGCCGGCGUCUUCGCGAGAGGAGGAACACCCGGCGGCGGCGGCGGCGGCGGCGGCGGUGGCAGCAGCAGCAUUAGCAACAGGUGGUGCGGACGGAGAGUCGGUGCCUGGUGCUGUAGCUGACUCUGAAUCAUCAUCAUCACCGUCUGCUGCGGCCGCGGCUGCUACGGGAGCGGGCUCGGGCUCGAAAGCCGGCGGAGACGCGCGAGCAGGAGCACCGGCCGAGGACAGGGCCAAUGAUGCCAUGGACGACGAGGAGGAACGGGACCCGCGGCUGGCAGGCGACGACAGCAGUAGCGUCGCAACCGGGGCUUCAGCAGAACGGGCGCCGGGUGAUUCUUCGCUAGGAGGGGACCCGUCGAGCGACCUUGAGACCUCGUCGUCGCCUGCUUCGCUGGCGAAGGCCGUGGCAGCGGCAGGAGGCGUCGAAGAAGACGUGCUGGAUGACGUGGUUUCUGGCGCUGCGGUCAGCGGCGGCGGCGACAAAGGCUCGGCCCCUGCGGACGAAGUUGGGACCGAGACGACUACCGCCGUCGACGGCGUUCCACCUUUUCCCCCUUGUCCCUCUUCUCCUGCUGCCACCGCCGACGAUACUGGAGUCUCUGCCGGAGCCGCGUCGGCUCUCCCCAUCGCCACUACCGCCGAAACCACUAGCCCGACCACGACACCAGCUACUCCUCCGCCGAGAGCCGUGGCCGCAAAGCUUGGCGGCGCCGCGGGGGCUGAGGCUGCCGCCGCCACCGAGCCGAUGGAGAUGGAGACUUAUGGAACCCAGGGUGAUGAGGAGGAGGAGGAGAGGGAGCGGCGGCGAGGUCGCGACCCCCCGGUGUCCCCGCAGCUAGUCACCGCUGACUCGGUCCCCGAGCGGCCACCGACGGCAAGCACGGGCGGCGGCGGCGCACCACGCCCCCGGAUGAUGCGGGAUGGCGACGGCGGCGACGGCGGCGACGAUGGCGGCGGUAACUCGGCCGCCUCGGCUCGGGAGCCGUCGCCCCCCCAGCGGACCGCUUCUUCUCCUCCUUUCCCUCCGAGUGGUGCGACGGCGGUUGCCGCCGCGGCCGCCGCCGCUGCCGCCGCCCCCGUAGGCGUUCGCGUGGAAAGGAGGCCGACGUCGCCGGCGACGGUUUCUCGCCCGAAAGGGCCGGAUAGUCCCGGCGGGGUAAACGCCUCUGCUCGCGGUGGAGGCGGCGGUGGUGACGGGGCAGCGCAUGCGGCUCUCCCUGCCCGAACCUCGGGCUACGUCCCUCCCCCCGGAGCUUUCGGGGGUUACAAGUUCAAUAUGAACCCAUUCGCCCGAGGCAUCUACGGGAGGCCGUGGCAAGACCCGGCGGCGGCGGCCGGCGGCGGCGGCCCCCGCCCUCCGCACCACCACCAGCCCUAUCCGGGAACCUUCUCCCCGUACCACCGGUACCCUCCCAUGCCCCCGCCGCCGCCCGGGAUGGGUCCGGCCGGCGGCUACGGCUUCCCCCCUCCGGGUUUCUAUGGAGGCUUUCCCCCGCCCGCCGCGGGGUACUCCCCGCACCACGUCGGGGCCCCCUCUCCGUUCCCCCACAUGUACCGCUCGUCGACGGUGCCGUACGGGGCCCCCGCGGCUGCGGCUGCUGCUGCUGCGGCGGCGGCCGCAGCGGCGGCGGCGGNGCGGGGGGGCUGA